CAUGUGUUGUAUUUAUCGGGACAUGAGCAGUCAUUUUAUCAUCGUGAAAAUGACCAGAUCUUUCGUUUUCCUAGUUCUCAAUUUGGCCUUAGCCAACGGCGACUAUGAAUGUGUGUGUAACUACAACGUCGAACUACCUGUAUACGACCAUCCUAACGAACACAGCAGCUCAAUAGGAUACUUGUACGAGUUUGACUGCAAACCCAAGGAGCCCAGUUCUGAACAUCCCAACUUCUUGCAGAUAAUGUUUGAGGGACAAGAAGGGUUUGUUAAGAUCGACAACAACGUGCAGCCACAGACGUGUCCUGGAAACAUUCCUCCAUCAGACCUGGUAACAACGAUAAAACCACAUGGAAAUGAAAAAACAACGACUACUUUAACUGAAACGACCACAACGCCAACAACAACUGCAAGUACAACAACAACAUCAACAACAAUAACAACACCGACAACAACAACAACAACAACACCGACACCUUCAACCACCACCUCAACAACGACAACACAUCGUACAACUUCAACCAGUACUGAGCAUACAACUACCACACCAACACCUAACCCGACAAGCAUACCUGAGGGUCACAUAGAGCUGUGCCCAGCCCAUGUGAGAAAUGACUUGAGCAUCUUCAAGGGGUUUCUUGGCCAGUAUGGGGAUUACUGCUUUGAGCUGGUCGACGUCAAAACACAAUGGCACAACGCUCAAAGACAUUGCACAAUCGCAGGAAAUGGCUUCAUUGUUCACGUGACCAACCAGCUGGAACAGGAUUACUUUGUCCGUUUUCUGUCCAACCACACCUACGUGGAAUCCGUAUGGCUGGGCUUGACAGAUUCAGAACAGGAAGGAGCAACGGCAGAGGGAAAGUGGACGUGGAUUUCAGGUGCCCCAGUAACGUUUACAAAGUUUGGUCCGGAUUUCAAUUCCGAGUCGGCUACUGACCACAAACUCCAUGAUUGUGUGAUAAUGAAAAAUGGUGGCGAAUGGACAGAUGUCUCCUGUGGUGUCGCCCUCGUUCUUGGGACCGGGUUCGGGGAGUCACAUCCGUUCAUCUGCCAAUACAAUGUGACUUCAAAACCACCCAGCCUAUUCGGACACUUAACAGAUGCUCUGGUCGGCUAAAUUAUUUUUUCACACCAAAUAAAACAA